AUGUUGCCCUCCUUUCUUCUCACGGCUGCCACCCUAUUCACAGGGGCUCUCACAGCGCCCUCGGGGUUCCUCCCUCAAAUUGGAGACCUUUUCCAUGGAAGUAACAGCAAUGCCAUCCAGACCCGACAAGGUGGUUACUUCUGGUCUUCCUGGUCGGAGGGUGGCGGUACAUUUCGGUGCAACAACGGUGGCGGCAGUGCGUAUAGCGUAACCUGGCAAAGCAGCGGUGGCUCAAGCGGCUUCGUCUGUGGAAAGGGAUGGAGCCCAGGUGGCAACAGAGCCGUCACAUACUCUGGCACAUACGAGCCCAAGGGACCGAGCUACCUAGCCGUAUACGGUUGGACCCGCAACCCACUAAUCGAGUAUUACAUCAUGGAUGCCCAUGGAGAUCUUCUCCCUAAUGAGCCCUGGACUUCCAAGGGCAACUUCACCAUCGACGAGGGAACGUACGAAGUAUUCACUAGUACUCGUGUGAACAAGCCUUCUAUCAUUGGAACGACAACCUUUCAGCAGUAUUGGUCUGUCCGUACCGAGCAAAGAGUCGGUGGAACCAUUAGCACCGGAAAGCACUUUGAUGCGUGGUCUAAACUCGGCCUCAGGCUGGGAGGUCAUGACUACAUGAUUCUCGCGACAGAAGGAUACACUAGUGGGUCUACUACAAGCAACGGAACUUCCUCUAUUACUCUGGGUUAG